CUGAAUUGUUUCAUGGCGCGGGAAAACUCCAUAGAAGAAGCCUUUCUGCGUCUUUACGUUUAUUUUAACCCAUGAACAUAAGUUUUUGUAGAUUUUUAUUGAUAAUUAUUAAAACAUAGUCCAACAAGCAUGGGAAUUCACGGAUUAUCUAAAGUUAUUGCUGAUUGGGCACCAAGUGCUAUCAAAGAAAGCGAAUUAAAACAUUAUUUUGGCCGGAAAAUUGCUAUCGAUGCUUCGAUGUGUCUUUAUCAAUUUUUAAUUGCUGUCAGAAGUGAAGGAGCUCAAUUAACAUCUGCUGAUGGUGAGACUACAAGUCAUUUAAUGGGUACAUUUUAUAGAACUAUCAGACUAGUCGAAAAUGGAGUGAAGCCUAUUUAUGUUUUCGAUGGAAAACCACCUAAUUUAAAAGGAGGUGAAUUAGUUAAGAGAGCUGAAAGAAGAGAAGAAGCACAGAAAGCCCUGGCGGCUGCUGAAGAAGCUGGAAAUACAGAAGAUAUUGACAGAUUUAAUAGACGAUUAGUAAAGGUGAAUGAUAAUCAUACUAGAGAAGCGAAACAACUCCUAACUCUCAUGGGAAUUCCUUUUAUAACUGCUCCCUGUGAAGCUGAAGCUCAAUGUGCUGAAUUAGUCAAAGCAGGAAAAGUAUUUGCAGCAGCUACUGAAGAUAUGGAUGCUCUUACUUUUGGUAGCAAUGUUCUUCUUCGACGAUUAACAUUUAGUGAAGCAAAAAAACUACCUGUUCAAGAAAUUCAUCUUGAUAAAGUUUUGUCAGAAAUGGAGUUGAACAAAGAAGAAUUUGUUGAUCUUUGUAUUAUGCUGGGAUGUGAUUACACAGGAACUAUCAAAGGAAUCGGUCCUAAAAGAGCUAUUGAACUCAUUAAAACUCAUCGUUGUCUUGAAAAAAUUGUCGAAAAUUUGGAUACUAAAAAAUAUGAAGUACCUGAAAAUUGGAAUUAUAAAGAUGCAAGACAAUUAUUCUUAAACCCUGAAAUUGCAGACCCAAAUGAAUUUGAUUUCAAAUGGCAGGAGCCUGAUGAAGAAGGAUUGGUUAAAUUUCUUUGUACAGAAAAACAAUUUGACGAGCAACGAGUGAGAAAUGGUGCAAAAAAAUUAUGUAAAGCACGAAAUACAUCAGUACAGGGUCGACUUGAUGGAUUCUUUACAGUUGUGUCAUCAACGUCAGCAACACCAAAACGCAAGGCUGAUGAUAAAAAAGGAAAGGGUCCUGCAAAGAGAGGAAGAGGUGCUGCAGGUGGUAGCAAAUUUCGUGGAAAGCCAAAAUGAAGUAUUAAAAAUAAUAUUUUUCUGACUAUUAAAAUUUUAAAUUAUUAUAAUUCUUGGUAUUUAAUAAAUUAAGGUAUAUAAAUUUUCAUACUCAAGUUUCCAAGA